AUGGCUCCAGAGGUAGAUCCUGCUCUGUUAUCUAUCACAGGGAGCAGCAUAUCCUCUGAUCCCACAAACCAGACUUUUUUUCGCAAUAUACAGUUCAAAAUUGCUGAUGCUGUGGGCCCACUAUUAAUGAUGCUGGAUAAGGCAGAAAAAGAAGGCAAUGCUCAGAAACCUUCCGCUUCAUCUCUGAUGGCAUCUAAGAUGGCUCUUUUAAAAGCGUCUGGCAGGACAGUACUAAUUAUUGUCCAAUCCUUUAAUUACAUAUCAAACAUCCGCAGAUCCCGCUGGCUCCAUGCAGCAGGUCUGUCCGACCUAGCCCCCAAAUCGCAUGAGUUCCCAAAUUUGGAGGAUUCUAACCUAUUCGGUCCCUCGUUCAUUCAGGAGGUUAAAGGCCGUUACAAGCAAGGAGAUCCUUUUCAGAACUCAAGAAGUCCAUCCCUGGCUAUAAAAAGCCCUUUCAGACAGAGGGUCACCCCUAUAGGUCUGCAGGUCCGUCCCGAGAAGCCUUUCACCAGGCCCAGUACCGCCACUACAGUGGAAGACACAAGCUCCUGGGCGGUGGCAGAGGAACGCGUUCCAGAGGCGGUUCAGCUUCCAAAAGAAAACCCAUGCAUUCAAGUAAGUGUGCCUCCUCAUAUGCCACUAAAUUGGAAGGAUAUUUCCUCAGACAAAUGGGUUCUAAAGAUUUUUCAAAGGGGUUUACAACUCCCUCUUUUAAGGUUCCCAGUCCAGAAAUUUGCACUCCACAGAUAG